GAAUGAUGAGUCAUCGGUAGUCGGUUUGACGUUCGAGUCAUCGGUAGUCGGUUUGACGUUCGACUCAUCUGUUCGAUUCGAUAACGUGUAGGUAUUUUUCACAUCCUGUCAUAUUCGUUGCAAUAUUGAAAUACUUGAUUAUUUUUUUGCAUUCAUCGUUGAAGAACAAAAAUUACCAGCAGAAAUGGCUCUAGAAGAUUUUUUUUGCAAUCCAUAUUCUUUGAAAUAUGGUCCUUACUUUACUUUGAUUCUAAACUUGAUUCUUGGAGUCACUUUUUUUGUCGCUGAAAUUGUAUCCUUGAAAGGAAACUUUACGUUUACUUCAGUAGCAGUAUUAGUAUUUGUACUUCUUAGAACAGUUUCAAGUGUAAUGGGGCUUGUGGGAAUUGAAAUGAUUAGGGCGAACCUUCUGGCUCCUAUUCUUUUCCUGGAAAUUAUCUACAUCGUCGUAUCAGGUGUUGUGUUCAUUUUGUUCCUUUUCUCGGGUAAAUUUUCUUUAUCGGUGAUACUUGAUGAUUUUGCGAGUCAACAUCAUGGUGCCUUUGUAAUUCUGUUUCUUAUGGGUCUAGGACUUUCCAUCUAUUCUUUUAUCAUAUUGGUUAUUGUACAUGCGUUUGGAGACAAAAUGUGCAUGAUUUUCGGCCGCGUAUGCAAUAGAAAAUCUGCUUCUAGUACAGAUGUGCCUUUUUCAGCAAAGUAAUUUUGAUGAAAUGAAAAGUGAAAAGUUCAUUGAAAAGUGUGAAAAGUAAAUUGUGUGAGUUCCAUUUUAAAGCUCUCUAUAAAAGCUUCAAAUUGAUGUAAGUAUGUUUUGCCAAUCUGAAACACACAAAAAAACAAAAUCAUUUUUUUCACCUACUUAAUCGAGUAGUGGUAGUUUUGGGCCUUUCUAGAGCCUCUAACAUUUUUAAGUUUUUCAGUUUUGAAAAAAAUGUUAUGAAAAAUAUCAAAAAUGGGUGCUGAAUUGCCAAGGUGGAGGAGUGGAGAGAGUGAAACUUGAUAUUUGCAUUAUCAAUGAGGUCAGUGAUCUCUGAUGAGUAAAUUGAUUGGUCACUCGCUUUUUUUUUUUUUUUUAGUAAAAACUAAAAAGUGAAAUGAAAAGUAGGAACUUUUCUUUUCAACUUUUCAUUGAAAGAAAAGUAGAGGAAAAGGUACAAUUAUGGACCCAGGUACAAAUAUGGACCCCCCAUGGUUUAGUGUACAACCACUAGCGCUAUGGUCAUGCUGGGUACUAAAAAUUACACUAGUAGUGUAGUAUCGAUGAUCCAUGUACUUAUUUCGGAUCCAUGCAAACUUGGGUGUCUCUCACCAGCAAUUGUUUUUUUUGCGCAUUAUUUUCUUCCCAAUGGAAAAUUUUACAAGUUUUUCAUUCAGUAAUUUAUCAACUUCAAAUAAAGUUUGGAAAAAAAAUUAUUAGGGAAGUAAGUAGCUUAGCUUACAAUGUGUACUUUCAAAAUAUACUUUCAUAUUUGUCUGUACUUCAACUGAUUUUCAUAAUUUUUCUCAUUUUUCAUAAACUGCGCCGAUUUUUUUCAUGGGUAUAAAUAUGGACCCCUAAAUUUUUUUACCUAAUUUUGAUUCAAUAUUUUUUAGAAUGUCGAGAAAAGUGUUACUAACAAAGAAGACAAGUCCAAAGUGUCGAAAAUGGAACCAUGAUUUUUUGAUUUUUCAUAAACUUAGCCAACUUUUUGCAUGGGUAUAAAUAUGGACCUCUAAAUUUUUUUCAUCUAAUUUUGAUUCAAUGGUUUUUAGAAUACCGAGAAAAGUUUUAUUAAUAAAGAAGACAAGUCCAAAGCAUCAAAAAACAUCUUUAAAUAAAUUUUUGUUCCACUUUCUGAAAUUUUUAUUCUUUUCUUGAGGGGGUCCAUAUUUGUACCCGAGUCCAUAUUUGUACCUUUUUACGUCACUUUUCUAAAUUUUAAAUUUCUCCAUGAGUUUUCAAAAAAAAAAAAAAAUUCUUACACAAUAUACUAGAGUCUUUGGCCUUUCAAAUGGUAGGUAUAUUCGAAAAAAAAUUUUGAUAAUUUUUUCUACCCUUUAAAGCCAAAAAGCUAGAGGGGGUCUAUAUUUGUACCUUCUCCUCUACUUUUCACUUUUCACUUUUCACACUGCACAUCUCUAGGCCAGUAUAAUAAUUAGCUUGAGUAAGUUGUUACUUUGUAAUUGAUAAAUAAACGAUACAAAUAGCAA